AUGAACGUUAGCAUUUGGAAUUUGACGGACGAAGAACUCGAAACGUCGUUUUUAAAGAAAGGCAAUCGACUUAAUCGCUUCCAGAAACUUUUAGCUGUCAGCACUCUGCAACAUGAAUCUUCGAGAAAACUACUUGUCUCUCCAUCCCCGGCAUUUAAGGAAUGGACUAACUUCCUUUCCUCUCCCCGUCUUUCGUACACUGCAUGUUUAUAUUUUCUCAAAUCUCAUGGUCGCCGUGAUUUUGCGUCAGUUUGUCAGCAUGAAAAUAAUAUGGCUACCCCAGGAGAUUCUUUUUACGUACGGACGUCCAUGAGGUUUUUCCUAUCUAUCUAUCUAUCUAUCUAUCUAUCUAUUCACAUACCUCUCCACGUUUCUAGCUAUUCACCUCUAUCUAUCGAUAUAGCUGUCUUACUCAUUUACUUCACAUCUAUCUAUCUAUCUAUCUAUCUAUCUAUCUAUCUAUUUAUUCACAUACCUUUUUGA